AUGAGCGAAAGACAGAACCAUUAUAUACACCUGUUUGGAAGUCAUCAGAAUCAGAGCUCCCGCGACGAAGAUACUAACUACCAGCAGCCAGACCAAAGAAAACCAUUAUCGAUAUCCCAGAUCGUUGCACCAGGGCCUAGAGUUUCACUGCCUGUUGUAUUGCCUUCUCAAGACCAUAUCCUGUCUAACCUGGAGUAUUUCAAACAUCACCAGAAUCUCCAGCAGCAACAGCAACAGCAACAGCAACCACCGCAACACUUUCCAGCACAGACGCGCCUGGUUUAUACUCAAAGAUCUGAACCUGUAACCCUCGGGCUGCCGUAUAACCAACACGAACAACGACAGCACCACUUUGCACCACUACUACCAGGACGAUCGCGAGAUCAGACAAUGAGCUAUACAAUGUUUUCCCCAAAUCCCGCGAGUCCGUUGUACCCAAGCACAAGCAAUAGCAGUGUAAAGAAUAAUAAUGACAACAGCAAUAAUGCUCCGUCACCACCAGUGAAGAAAUUGAGACAGGAUGAUUUGUUUUUCGGCAACAAUAACCCCAUAUCGCCUUCGACUCAGCCCAAUAUAAGCUACACCAGGACCGCACUGAAGCGAGAAAAGACACCCGAGAAUGAAAACGAAGACCAAAGAUUCCUAAGAUUAGCAAGAGAUGCCCUUGUUGCCACUGCCCGAGGUAUAGACGAGAAAGGUCGCGGCAUGGUUGACCCUACUAUUCUGGAUCUCUUGAGUCGGUUGGAAUACGCCAGCUCUCCGCACGGUAACCCCAUUUCGGAUCUGAAGAAUAUUGAAGCAAAUGGCAAUGGCCAGUUGAAUAUCCAAGCAUUCUACCAGUCGUUCCCCAAUUUAAGCAAUAACAUAUUCACCAGUAGUCCCAAUCCAGCCGAGAGCAGCUCGGGUAAAGAAAUUGGCAGUAGUCGAGGCGCAGGGUUGCUCAAUAGCAGACACCAUCCUGCAGGAAAUGAACAAGGGUGGAACUUUCUCAUUGGCGAACCGUUGCAGUUGAAAGCGGAUUCAGAGAGAAACCCCUUGGACCAACAGGGAGUUGUGCCCUCACCACCACCAUCACUACAACCGCAACCACCGCUACAACUGCGUCAACCAAAGUCGCUUUCAGCGUCAUCGAUGUCGUCGACGAUCUUACCUAUCCCGCGCAAGAAGCUGUCGUCUCGAGGCGACCCCGCCAGGAAAUUCCUCUGUGACAAAUGCUCCAUGUCAUUCCGGAGGUCGUCGGACUUGAAGAGACACGAGAAGCAGCAUUUGACCAUCCCGCCCAACAUUUGCGAGUUCUGCGGCAAGGGUUUCGCUAGGAAGGAUGCGUUAAAGAGACACGUGGGCACGUUGACGUGCAAGAGGAAUGCCGAUAAGAAGUUGUACAUUGAGAAUCUUGAGCAUUUGAAGCAUCGAAGCUCGGGGCUCGAUCACGAUGACAAUGACGACGACGAGGGAGACGAUUUGAACGAUUUGGACGAGGGAGACGAUGAUGACGAUGACGAUGAUGAACGAGAUGAAGAUGACGGAGACGACUUGGACGACGAGAGCGGGUCCGGGAAGUUGGGAAAGCAAAGGAGGAAAAACGGAGAUGGAGGCGACGACGACGACGACGACUUGGACGACGAGGCGAUUCAGCGAAAGUUCCCUACUUAUGGCUAUCAAAAGGAAAACUGGUCGUGA